UUCUGUUGGACAUUGACCAGAGACCUUCAGUAGCCCAAAUAAUUUGACUACUUGAUGGACGUCCGGGAUGUAUUGUCAUUUGCGGUACAAUUUGCAAUUUAUUUUAUUUAUUCAUUCAGUCACCAAGUCCUCAGCUAAGGCGGUCUUUAAAGCCUCCUCCCCCUCCGUCAUUUCAAGAUGAAGUGGAACCUAAACGACCGAAAAUCAGCGUUGAUAACAGUUCUACUUCAUUUUCCGAAACGUCUUCUAAUGCAGGAGAUCUAGAAGAUGCUCCGCUUACACUAAGUGUAUCAGAUUCAUUGGAUCUUGAAAUAAGUAACGAGCCUACAACUGUCGGAGCAAAUGAAGUUACUGAAACUACUGUUCGUCGACUUACUGUACUUCUUGAAAAACGUGCUCUAACCAAUCAAGAAGCACGAACUAAGUUCCCUGAUCAACCAAAGCGUUUUAUGCAGUCGGAAGUGGAACUUCAGGAAACACUUGAAGAAAUGCAGAUUCUUGCAGCAAAUCCUGAAUUAUAUCCAAUCUUAGCAGAACAAACACGUCCUAUAUCUUUAUUGUUGGGAUUAUUAUCCCAUGAAAAUACAGAUAUCAGUUUAUCAGUAAUUGAUCUACUCCAUGAAUUACUUGAACCAACUUGUUUAAAAGAAGCUGGUUUGGGUAAAGUGAAUACAUUCCUAGAAGUUUUAUUCUCUGGACAAUUAAUUCAAUCACUUAUACAAAAUAUUGCACGUUUAGAUGAGACAAAAAAAGAUGAAGCUGAUGGUGUACACAAAACACUUGGAAUUAUUGAAAGUUUACUAGAAAUUCGUCCAGAUAUGAAUGUUAUCAUGGCAAAUCAAGGUCUGUUUGCUUGGCUACUUCGACGUUUACAAAGACGUCCUAUAUUUGAUAAGAAUAAAUUAUACGUGAGUGAAUUACUCUCUAUACUUCUUCAAAUGGAUGAAGCUAAUCGUCGUCAACUUGGUGAAGUCGAUGGAAUUGAUAUUCUUCUUCAACAAUUAUCUGUUUAUAAACGUCAUGAUCCUAAUAGUCGUGAAGAAAUUGAAUUAAUGCUCAAUCUAUUCGAUUGCCUUUGUAGUUCAUUAAUGUUAACGGAAAAUAAGGAUAGAUUUUUAAAAGGUGAAGGUAUACAACUAAUGAAUCUAAUGCUUCGUGAAAAGCACAUGUCUCGUGAUAGUGCUCUACGUGUUCUUGAUUAUGCUUUAUGUCCCGUUAGUCAAACCGCUACUCAAACCUCAAGUGAAUUAGAACUACCACAAAAGCCACACUCUUCAUCUGUUGAUCCUGAAGCUGUUGUCGUUGCCAAUUGUUCUAAAUUUGUUGAAAUUCUAGGUCUUCGGACGAUUUUCCCACUAUUUAUGCAUACUCCAAGGGAACAUGCAUUACGUUCCACUUCGUCGAAAUCUAAAACCAAGGCUAAGGUGAUUAGUGGUCCUACUUCAGCUGAGAUGGAAGAACAUGUGAUCAACAUUGUUUCCGCCCUACUCCGGCAUUGUCCUGAAGCAUUUAAAUCUCGUGUGUUAGCCAAAUUUGUAGAGAAUGAUCAUGAAAAGGUGGAUAGACUUAUUGAACUGCACUUAAAGUAUAUAGAUAUCGUGAAAGAAACUGAUAACAAAGUGGAAGCUAUGCGAAAAAACCACAGAAGAUGGAUCGGCUACACAGCUGAUGAAAUCGAGACUGAAUUAAUGCUAAAACGAUUGGAAGGUGGACUGUUACCUCUGCAAGUUUUAGACGUGAUAAUCCUUGAUGUCUGUGUAAAUGGUGCAUCGACGGUUCUAGAACGAGUACUCCACUUGUUACGGAUGCGAUCCAUAUCAAUGAAUUCAAUAUUGAAUACAGUUCAAGAAUAUCUAAAUAAUUUGGGCGAUGAAUCAACCGGGACAAGUUUGUCUGAUAAGACAAGAGUUACAGGUCUUUUGCAAAAUUUUAAAGAAAUGUUACGAUGAAGAUAUAAUGGUGUGUUUGUGUGUGUGUGUACGGAUCUCUUGUAUGAUCAGUGUAUUAUUAUUAUAACUACUACUGCUGGUGGCAGUAAGUAGUAGUAUUAGUAGUGUUCAUCUUUUGUUGAAUUACUCUACUUUAAUGCAUUGAUGAUCAACAAUAUGUUGUGUAUAAUAUAUAUAUAUAUAUAUAUAUAUAUAUAUAUUUACUAAUGAUAAUGUUUUCUUAGACGUUAGCAUGAUGUGUGUUACCCUAUUGUAAAUAUAUGCCUACCUUAAUAAAAGAUUUCUAUGGUUUGUCUACUAUUAUAACUAAUAUUCCAGUAUUGGUUUUGUAGGGAUUUUGUGUUUUGAUUGGUUGGAGGAUUUCGUCAUUAGCUGACAUCAGUUAGAGAGGCAUUGGAAAACCCACUAGGGACUACUGGACAGCCAACUGUUUCGAC